CUGAUGGUUCUUAUCAGAUUCUAGAAUUUUAUCUCUUCAAUAAAUUUUUCUUUUCCUUUUUUAAAACUCAUUCUUGUUCUUAUUAUUCUCUUUCUCUCUCUUUACACAAAACAAAACAUACACUCUGUCUUUCUCUCUCUUCUCACUUCAGUUUUCAUGGUGUUUCUCUGAAUAAAUAUUGAUUGUUGAGAUAAGUGGUUCUUGGAAUAUUUUUUGUGGGAUUUUUUGAGGUUUUUAAGGAGAAAGGAGAAAAAGAAGAGGGACGAGAUUUUCGAUGUCGAGUGUAGGAAACACACACUGGUGUUAUCAAUGCAGACAGCCAAUUCGCCCUCGAAGCCGGGGCACAGUUUGCCCCUAUUGUGAUGGAGGGUUUGUGCAAGAGUUGGAGGAGUUAAGUGGUGGUCCUGGUGGUCCUGGAGGUCCUGGUGGAUAUAGUGCACCUACAACUUAUGGUUCAAGAGAUGGUCCUGAUCAAUUGUAUGGAAUUAUGGAAGCUUUAGAUUCUUUGAUGUUACGGAAUAAUCCCGAGCAUAGGUUAGGGUUAAUGGAAGCUUUAGAUGCUUUUAUGGGACAAAGAAGGAGAUAUGGUAUGGAUGCGGAUCGUAGCCCUUGGUUGAUUUUUCAGGGGCAAAUGCCUGGAAGGGUGCCAAUGCCUAGAAAUGGUGGUUUUGAGAUGUUUUUCAAUGGAAACCCGGGAAUAGGUCUCAGUCGGGGAAAUAAUGGUGAUGUGUUUGUUGGUCCGGGCCUUCAGGAGUUGAUUGAGCAGCUAAUGGUUGAUCGACAGGGCCCACCACCAGCUCCUCGAACAGCGAUUGAUGCAAUGCCCACCAUUAAAAUCACUCGGGCGCACAUGCAGACUGAUUCUCAUUGCCCAGUUUGUAAAGAGCAGUUCGAGUUGGGAACUGAAGCAAGACAAAUGCCUUGCAACCAUAUGUAUCAUUCUGAUUGUAUUAUCCCGUGGUUGGUCCAGCAUAAUUCUUGCCCUGUUUGCCGCCAUGAGUUAGGAUCGAGUACUUCAAGUUGUAGACAGAACUCUAGCGCCGGGAGCAGAAGAAGUUCUAGUAGCAACACAAGAGAGCGAGGAGGUAGUGAUCAGAGUUCAAGCCGGAGGAAUCCAUUUUCUUUUCUGUGGCCUUUUCGAUCAUCAAACAGUAGCAGCAGCCGUGAGUAUGUAGGAACUAGUGCAAGCAAUCCACCACCAACUACUGUUCGCGGAGAGAAUCAUGAGAUGAACUACUCUGGCUGGCCUUUUGAUUACUAGGUUAUGUAUGAGUGUCAUUACUCAUCGGCAGUUACUUGAAUUUCUUACUGCUUUUGCUUGCAUGCAUGGCUUAGGGAUCAAUUUGGCUAUCUUAAGUGAAUUUUCGUAAAUAUGUUGGAAUGGAACAAAAGUUGUCUCAGACAAUGGUUAUGUUUUUGGUCCUAAAAUUCAAGAACUUAACCGAUUUCUGGCUUUUUUUCUUCUUUUAAUACAUUCUGUUUUUGGAGUAAUGAAUCAUGUAGAUAUGUAUUAUUCAGCUAA